AUGUAUUUGAUCCAAUUGGUACAAAAAAAAAUUGAAAUAAAAUAUUUAAUAAAUUAUUAUUCUAAUUUAAAAGAAUCAUUAGUUGAAUGUUAUUAUCUAGAAAAACUUGGAUUUAAUUUACCUGAAUCAAUUAUACAAAUAAAAUUACAAUAUUCUAAAUAUGAACAAUUAUCAAAUGAACUUCGUUCAAUGCUUGAAGAUUAUCAUUUAACUAAAGCAUCAUUUGAUACUAUUGAAGUAUCACUUCUUCAAUCUUAUAUCAAUCAUAUUCAAAUAAUUAUUAAACCAGGAACAUCAAGAAUAUCAUUUGGUGAAAUUGGUAAUCUUGAUUACGUCAAUGAAUUAACACUUUAUAGGUCAUCCGGUCAACCAUCAUCAUCAUCAAAAGUAAUUAAAGCAGCAGGUAAAGAAGAUCAACUAGGUGAUAUUUUGAAUUUAACUCAACGGACUUUUAACAUAUCCAAUAUUCCGACUUGGUUAACAAUUGAUGAAAUUAAACAAGCAUUUAGUCAAUAUAAUAUUAAAGAAAUUAUAGUACCAACGGAUAAUCUAGAUCGUCAAUUUGGCACCGCCUUUAUUGUUUUUGCCAAUAUUCAAGCUGUUACUGAAUUUCUAGAAAAUAUAUCCGGUGAAAAUAAAUAUUUAUACUCAUCGUAA